AUGCUAUGCUUGUCGAACGUGAUCAAACCAACAUCGAACGUGAUCAAACCAACAUCUUCAGCAUCGAAACUACACUAUGCAGCUGCUGUCUCAAAUAGCUUUGAAAUCCUAGAGGAUGAAACCUUAUCAAACGAAUCGUCAAAUGAUAUCUCAAUUCAAGAUAGCGCAGAAUCCAUUAACAAUAUGACGAUAAACACUGGAACACAGCCAGAUACUCAUCCAAACCAGAACACUAGAACCAAGCAAGAUGAAGGCAAGAAAGAUCAUAACAUCAGCACAUCAGCACAGAGAAGUCAAGAUCAACAAGAUACCUUGUUAAUUGGAGACUCGAUGACCAAAAACAUAAACAAUGAUAAACUUUCAUAUGCUGCAAAAGCAAAAACUGUUUGCAAGACGUACCGAGGUGGCAAGAUAAAGGAUAUUCACACAAAUCUACGAAAGGACUGUGGUGAAAGAAGAUUACGCAGUAUCAUUCUUCAUGUGGGUACCAACAACCUGGUAUCUGAUGAUGCAAAGGAGGCAGCUAAGCAGAUGGAGGAUCUUAUUGUUGAAGCUAAAUCUAAAGCUGAGAAUGUCGCAGUCUCAAGCGUCAUAAAGAGGUAUGACAAUAAGGUUCCUCAUUCUAAAAUAACAGAAUUUAACAAUCUAGUGCAUGAAUUAUGCAAAAAGCACAAUAUAACAUUUAUUGACAAUAGUAACAUUGAUCAGUCCAUGUUAAACAGAUCAAAUCUUCACCUAAACUAUACAGGUGAUAAAGCAUUUGGAAAAACUUUGUGUGCAUACUUAAGAUCAAUAAGAUCUGGAAAGACCACCUAUGAUGGUAGUAAGUUUUUUCGACAAGGCAGGCGGCAAUCGAGUCGCCCAAAGGACUGGACAACAUGCCUAACGUAUCUAGCACACGUUGCAAAAAUGAUACAACAGUAGAAAGUAAUCCAUUAUUACAUAAUAAAAUAGAACAUAGUCAAAUACAUAAUGAAACAGAAAUGGGUAGCGAUUUUUCGGAUAAAAUUAAUUGUCUUCCCAAUCAGCGUGGAUUUAAAAUGGCUUUUUUAAAUAUAGUAAGCUUGCCAAAAAGAUUUGAUGAAAUUAACUUAACUAUGUCAAACAAAUUACUCGAUAUAAUGUCAUUUAGUGAGACCAGACUUAAUUCAACCAUAACUGAUGGUAUGAUUCAUAUAGAUGGGUAUGACAUUAUAAGAAAAGAUAGGUCUAGAAAUGGUGGUGGUGUUUGCAUUUACCUACGUAAUUCUAUAAACUAUCAAAUCAGACAAGAUCUUAUACCAGCCGAUCUAGAAGCUAUAUGCAUAGAGAUAACUAAACCGCAUAGCAGACCAUUUGUGGUUGUUACGGUUUAUAGACCCCCAGAUGCUUCAUCGAAUUUUUUUAUCCAUCUUGAAAACCUUUUAAAAAAGAUUGAUAAUGAAAACAAGGAAAUCUAUAUACUGGGUGAUCUUAACUGCGACCUUUUUAAGUCUAUUCCUGACCAUCCAACUAAGACACUUAAAUCUUUACUCGAAAUUUAUCAAUUAUCCCAGAUAAUUGAUAAAGCCACACGGAUCACUAGGACAUCCUCAACACUUAUUGAUCAUUUUAUUACCAAUGAACCAGGAAAAAUAUCCAAAUGUGGUGUAAUACAUACUGGAAUUAGUGACCACAGUCUCAUUUAUGGCAUAAGAAAGAUUAACAUUCGACACAAAGAUAAUGAUAACAUAAUUGAAAUUAGAAAUAUGAAAAAAUUCAAUGAACAGCAGUUUUACAAGACCUAGGAACUCAAACAUGGGAACAUGUCUAUUUUUUGCAGACAAUCCUGACACUAUGUGGGAAAUUUGGAAACAACUUUUCUUACAAGUCCUAGAUAAACAUGCCCCAAUUCAAAACAAAAAAACAAAAUCUAAAAAAAAUCCUUGGAUUACUAGUCAUAUAAAAAAACUAAUAAUUGCAAGAGAUAAUUUGAAAAGAAAAGCAAUUAUCACUAAACUUGAAACAGAUUGGGAUAACUAUAAAAAAGCCAGAAAUGAAACAAACAAUCUUCUAAGACAAACCAAAAAGGAAUAUUAUUCCAAUAAAAUAGCGACUGAAAAGCAAGAUCCAAAAGCUGCUUGGAAGACAAUUAAUACCUUACUUGGUAAACAAAAUCAAAGAACUAAAGUAAACGAAUUAAACUUAAAUGGCAUAAAAUUAACAAGCCCUGAUGAAAUUUCUGAGGGCUUCAAUACCUUCUUUUCAAAUAUUGGACCGAAUUUAGCCGAAGAAAUUAGUACACCAGGAUGUCAUUCUAAAGACUUCCUUGACAAAACUAAUUCUGAAUUUACUGCAUUCCAGUCAGUUACUGUUAGUCAUGUUUGUCUUUUAUUACGUGAACUGUCUGGUAGCAAAGCUACUGGCCUGGAUAAAAUAUCCAGCAAGAUAAUCAAAAUUGCUGCACCAUUAAUUUCCGAUUCAUUGACUUACAUCUUUAAUCAAGCAAUAACUUUAUGUACUUUUCCACAUGAAUGGAAAAUUGCAAGGGUAAUUCCCCUUUUUAAGAAUGGCAAACGAAACUUGCCAGGAAAUUAUCGACCAAUUUCUGUGUUGCCAGCCAUUAGUAAAAUUAUGGAACGUAUCCUAUAUACUCAACUUUAUGAAUAUUUGAGUGCAAAUAACAUACUUUCUGAACAUCAAUUUGGUUUCAGAAAAUUUCAUUCAACUGCAACAGCUUUACUUGAUUGCACAAAUGAUUGGUACAUAAACAUGGAUAGAAAACUUUUUAAUUUGGUUGUAUUUGUAGACUUAAAAAAAGCCUUUGAUACUGUUGACCAUGAGAUCUUAUUGCAAAAACUAAAACUAGUUGGAAUCACAGGAAGUGCAUUUCUAUUACUCAAAUCAUACUUAACUGGUCGUACUCAAAGAUGUGAAGUCAAUGGAUCUAUUUCAGGGGAAAACGACGUCAAAUGUGGUGUACCCCAGGGGUCUAUAUUGGGGCCACUAUUCUUCUUACUCUAUAUUAAUGAUCUACCUGCAUGUCUGAGUAAAACAAAACCACGGCUGUUUGCUGAUGAUACAAAUAUCACAGCAGCUGGAGAAUGCUUAAGUGAUCUUGAAGAUGCAGUAAACUCAGAUUUAGAAAUGCUUCGUAAAUGGCUCAUGGCAAACAAACUGAGCUUGAAUGUGGCGAAAACUGAAUUUCAAAUUAUUGGUACUAAACAGAUGCUGAAGAAAGCUUCUGUUCAGCAACUUAAAAUUCACAUUCAAAACAUACCCAUAAAGCAGGUUUUUCAAUGUAAAACACUAGGUGUGACUGUUGAUGAAAAUUUGUGUUGGAAGAGCAAUACAGAUAAUAUAUGUAAAAAGAUAUCAUCUGGAAUAUACGCUCUUAAAAGCAUUAAAGAAUAUGUUGAUCAAAAAACACUCGUUUCCGUAUACAAUGCUAUAAUUCAACCAUACUUUAGCUACUGUUGUGAAGUUUGGAAUAUAUUUGGUGAAACGCAAUCCACGCGUCUCCAAAAACUUCAUAACAGAGCUGCUCGUGUAAUAGCAUGUGUGCCUAAUGAGGUAGAUCAACAAACUGUGCUAAAUAUAUUAGGAUGGGAACCACUCAAGGAACAAAGAGUGAAAGCAAAGGCAAAAAUAAUGUUUAAAACGCUAAAUAACAUGGGGCCAAAUUGUCUCAAAGAAUUAUUUACUUUCAAAAAAGAAAUAUUAAACCGCAGUCUUCGUAACAGCUCAAGUACCAUACGUUUGCCCAAGCCAAACACAAACAAUAUGAAAAAGAGUUUCAUGUAUGAUGGAGCUUCCAUAUGGAACUCUCUUCCAAAAAAUAUAAGAGAAAGUAAUUCGCUCUCAAGUUUUAAAAGAAAAAUCGCUACCUAUAGCUUAUAAAGAAAACCACAUCAUUGUAAAUAGCAAACUUUUUGUAUAUAUUUUAAUAAUUUUAUAUUCUGCAUGUUAAUACUUCCUUAUUAUUUUACUUGUAACAAUUUGUUAAUGUUUUUUACACGCCCAUUGUGGAAACCAGCUUCUGCUGACAAUGUUAGCGUGGUUAAAUAAAGUUUAUCAUCAUCAUCAUCAUCAUCAUAAGAGUCGUGGAACUGAACAAGUUUGAAAAUAUUGAGAAAUUAUAUGGUUUAAUUUAGGCAUUUGAACAUUUUGUUUUACAUACUCAAUUUUUGGUGCUUGUUGGUAUAGUCUCUGUUUAUAUUAUCUCGUUAGAAUAGAAAUUCAUAAAAUAAACGUUUUUAUCGUCAUCGUCAUACUCGUUUCAUGUCUUGUUGUUAGUACAGACAAAUCCAAAUCCUAGUACACAUGCAAAUUUAUUGCAAAUUCUAGCACACAUUGCUACUCAUUUACGUAGAGUUUCAAAUAAAUGCAAAUCUCGAAUAGAAUUUGAACGGAUCUGAUUUGAUUUGAUCCAGUCGUGGAACUUGGAAGAUCCGUUGAACGAUUAG